AUGGUGAGGGAGAAAUCAUCGACGGAGAAAGAAGAGAGGACCGAGAAGGCUCAGGAAGAGGGCCGCGUCAAGGCGCAGCAGGAGAAGGACCUCCGAGAAGCGGAGGUGCUGGCCGAGAGGAUGCGGAAGACGCUGCAGAAUGACGACGUGAAGUUCUGCUUCGACUUCUGGGUUUCCGACUAUCGCGCAGAGGGGCAAAGGAGGCGCGACGAGGAGGCCAAGAAGAAGCACGAGGCCGAGCUCGCGGCCUUGAAGCGCAUGGAGCAGGAAACCGUGGAGCGAGCUGCCCUGCAGAUUGCACAGAAGAUGUACAAAAAGAUCGUGGAUGACAACAUGAAGUGGUGCCUGGACAACUGGCACCGCAUCAUCAAAAAGGAGAAGGCGCAGAAGAAAGAGGAGCAAGCCAAGCGUCAACACCAGGCGUCUGCGAGCAACCCCUCGAAGUUGCAGGAUGCGCUCCUUGACCAGGGCUCUCCUGAAGCGAGCGAGUUGAGCCUACCGAGCGUGAACGGGCGCAGCAGCGGUGAGUCGAAGAAAACGAUUGGUUGUUCAGAAGAGGUCGAGGUGCAAAGCCCCGAGCAGCACUGCAGCCCAGCAACCGCCAGCAUGGACUUCCAGGAAACGGAGAAGUGGCAGGUCGGGAAAACCUCAUCCUCAUCUGCGGGCUGCAACCAGGAGGUGCGGAAGCUUCGAGAGGAGCAGGCAACCAGGCAGACGGAGCAGAGCAGCUCGCGCCAGGAGGGAGCUGAGAAUUUCGAGGAUGUCCGCAAGCUCCAAGAGGAGCUGAAGUCUGCUCGAGCCGAACUUGCUCAGCUCAAGUCCCAGGCCUCUCCCGUGCCCUCCGGCGGAGCUCCUGCCCCUGGCCCGGGAGCCGCGGCCGAGGCCUGGUCUCUAUGCUGCUGCUGCAGGACUGCCAGCCGCUAG